UCUAGAACGAGCAGCUACUGAGAAUCAAUUCAUGAACGGAAAGAUAGCAGCUAUUGACGUAAGGACCUCCCUCUUUUUACUCCACCCUUGUUGAUGCACUUCUCUUGUAGUCCUACCGCAAGCUUCUGAAUGAGGCGUUAGCAUCGAACUUCCCAGAGACAGCCAAAUAUCUCCGUCCUAGUCAGGAUGACAUCAAGAUGGAGUUAUAGGCCGAGCCCUGUCACCUACAAUCUCGCCAUUUCACACAGCUAUAUCUCUUCAAUGGCUCAAUGUCACUUACAUAAAGAGGGGCGCGCGCUCGGAUUAAUUUCCCAACUAUCCUCCCGUAGACAGACGAAAUCGGUUGAAGACGGGGAACAUUCCAUUCUCUCUCAUUACCUCUUGUCAUUGUCGGGACAAUUCGCAACAAUCGGCCUCAUUAAAACGAAAGAGCUAAAUUUCUCAUUGAGGGAUGCUCCCGAUGACAAUUUUUUUGACCAUGCGAAAAUAAUGCGGGCCCAUUCGGGUCACCCACAAGACAGCACCGCACAGAGCAUGUCCAGGCGGAUCUGCGGCUCUGGUCAUCUUUGUGCCAGCGAGAUACUUUACCUAUUAUGGCCCCUCAAAAGCACCAUAAACUACACUAGUGUGCAGGUUCCUCGGACUUCUUUGCUACCGCCGUGGCUUCUCAGUUCCUGCCCUUUCUGGAUCAUUGGGGCUUUGUGGCGUACCAAUAUACUCAGCGAUGGUCUCUCACCGCCACAAUCCAUACAUCAUCGGAUUGUCGCGAAGCGGCCAUCUGUUAAUAGUAUUCAGAUUUGAUGAGAGACAUGUGGGCGGGUGCCAAUGUUUAAUCACAGUAUAGACACAGUGUAUUGCCAUAAGUGGAUUAUCUCUUAUCUCACGUC